AUGCUUUGCUAUCGUUGUUGCAGCAGCGGCAAUCGCAGCAGCAGCUGGACUCGCAGCAACAGCAGCAGCAGCAGCAGCAGCAGCAGCAGCAGCUUGCCCUUGCGCUUGGCGGUGGGGCCCCCCAGCGCUCAUCAUGUGGGUGGCAAGGGCCGACGCAGCACCACGGCUCAGCAGCAGCACGAGGAGCAGCAGCAGCAACAACAGCAGCAGCUGCUGCAGGAGCAACAGGAAGCGAAACACGCGGGAGAUCUGUGCGUGAAUGAGGCGGGAUCGACGCCGUUGCCAGCCCACUUCCGAGCAGCAAGCAGCAGCAGCAGCAGCAGCAGCAGCAGCAUUGCUGCAGCAGGGCCCAAAGAAACAGUGCAGCAGGCGCCCAUCCAGCCAGAGGCCAUGCUGCAGCUGCUACAACAAAUGAGCAGCUGUGGCUCCGUGGCUCACGUGGCUCUCGCGCUGCAGCAGCAGCAGCAGCAACAACAGCAGCAGCAGCAGCAGGAGGCGAACAUAAAGCGUAUGGCUGAGAGCCUUGGACUGUUGGAGCUCGGUGAUAGGCGCAGCAGCAGCAGCAGCAGCAGCAGCAGCUCAGCUGGCGUGGUGUCAUCGGAGGCUUCUCCAGCAGGAGUAGCGCUGAGUCAGCAGCCAUCUCAGCAGCAGCAACAGCAGCAGCAGCAGCAGCAGCGGCAGCAGCGGCAGCAACAGCUACAUACAGAGCAGGAGCAGCAGCUGAUGGCUGUGCGGCAGUGUGCACGAAGAGGCAGCGAAGGCUUCGCGGAGACCCGCGGCAGCACGGGGGGCCGCCAGCGCCGCAGGAGAGAGAAGAGGAAGGAGGGGAGGUAUUCAGUACCCUUAGCAGCAGGAGACCUUCUUGAGGGGACGGCGCUGUCACCGAGCUGCAGUUUGCUGCUGGAGGAAUGCCGACUCAAUGCCAGAGACCUCACACCCCAAGAGCUGAGCUCAGUCCUCCUGGAUUUCUCUACGAAUGCACUAGGGUCCCGCAUCAUCGUUCAUCUUCUUGAUAGCAGCACAGAUGAAGCACGCCGGCUGAUGCUGCAGCAGCUGCUGCCGCAUAUACGCAGCCUAGCAGCAGACAUAGCUGGCAACUUUAUCGUACAGAAACUCCUAGAUAUAUGCCCCCCUGAAGAGAAGAAGAUGCUGCACGGCCAGAUGCUGAAAGACGUGCUGCGGCUGUCUCUGCGCACUUAUGGGUGCCGCGUUAUCCAGAAAGCUCUUGACGUGUUGGACGAUGAGGAUAGAGUGGCUGUGGCUAAGGAACUGGAGGGCAACGUGCUGACCUGCAUUGGCGACCAAAAUGGCAACCACGUGAUUCAGAAGUGCAUAGAGAGACUACCAAAAGGAGGAGCUCAGUUUAUCCUCGAUGCUAUCGCUGGACAGGAGGCGGCCCUGGCUUCUCACUGUUACGGUUGCCGCAUCAUUCAGAGGCUGGCAGAGGCUUGCGACAUAGACCAAAUUACCCCCGUCCUCAACGCUGUGAUGGCCUCCCUGCCCUCUCUAGCAGAAGACCAGUUCGGGAAUUAUGUUAUUCAACACCUGCUGGAAUACGGCAGAGAGACAGACAAACAGGAGAUUUUGGAGUUGCUGAAGGCUAACCUCUCAAAGCUAGCGACGCAGAAAUACGCGUGCAAUGUCGUGGAGAGGGCUUUAAGCCUCAACACUCUCGGGCGGGCACAGGCGGAGUUGAUUGCCGUGGCUCUCAAACCAGAUCCCCAGAAGGGCGCUCCCGUGACGGCUUUGAUGCUGGAUCGUUACGGAAACUAUGUGGUCCAGCGAAUGGUAGAAGUUGCAGAGGGGCAGCAGCGGGUGCAGCUCUUCCACCGCCUCUUAGAGCAGUUGCCGCUUCUCCGCAGCUGCACUUACGGCAAACACAUUGUGGCGGCAUUGGACCGUCUGGAUAUCAGCGGCAGCUGUCCAAGCGAAGCAGCAGGAGCUGCUGCUGCGACGACCGCAGCGCCCGUACUACCAUUGAGGCGCCGUGGAUCAACCCUGCAGCCGCAGCAGCAGCAGCAGCAGCAGCAGCAGCAGCAAGCAGGACUUGCUUCUCCCCCCGCAGGUCGGCGCAGGACUGUGCCCCAAGACCAACGCAGUCAGCGCCAGGGGAGGAAGCAGCAACACGCCUCCCUCAGAACAGGAACCAGGCCCAAGGCAGCGAAGAGUGAGGGGGGCCCCCAAGACAUAUUAGGUGGGUUGGUGGACCGCCGCCUGCCGCGGGAGGGGCGCGGUUCAAGAAAGCCCACAGGAACGCAGCGCAAUCUUUCUAUCGCAGCUGCAGGGGGAUUAACUCAGCAGCAGCAGCAACAACAGCAGCAACAACAACAGCAGCAGCAGCUGCUGAUGCUGCUGGAAGGGAGGCGGGACUGUAUACCGCCCCAGGCAGCGGAGACGGGCCAAGGCCAGGGGCCCUUCAGCAUCCGCCCGAAGGCCGUCUCAGCUGUACCGACUGCAGCUGCGCGGCUGCUGUUAACUGACACCCCGCAGCAGACGCAUGCAGCAGUGCAGAGUGCUGCAGUGGAGGGUUUGGGGCUGCUAGCUGAUCUGCCUUGUGGCCCUCCACUUGCAGGACUGAAGAAUCCGAGGAUCGCCGCUGCUGCUGCGGAUUCAUUUGUCUUUGGAGGCGUCGACAGCAGCGGAGGGGCGGGGCCUCCCAGACCCAAUGCCCUAUCAGACCUGCUCAGCAUCUGGGGGGGACAGCAGCAGCAGCAGCAGCAGCAGCAGCAGCAGCAGCAGCCGCUGCAGCAACAACAGCAGCAGCAACCGUCUCUGUGCAGCACUGCAGACGCCGGCGCCCCCGAACCUUUCGAGGGACCCGUAGGCGAGCAAACAGGCAGUGCAGCAGGCAGGCGGGAUGAGUGGAAGUGGGGACAGACGCCUUUGUUCUUUCAUCAGCCUACACCCCCGUCUUGGUAG